GUGUUUCUGUCCAUCCGUGAUAAUCCUCCUUCUGGCAUCGUGAGAGGCAGCCAAAUUACAAAUUGGUGGCUGUAUGGAAGAGGUGCUGAGCAUUAAUGCAUUAUAAUCAUUAAAUUUAAUAUUAAUGUUGGCUCCAAAUUGCGAGAGUAGCUGAAGCUAUGUUAAUAACCUAAUAUUUGCUUGUAAGUUUUUGCUGUUGAAUGAAAGCAAAGGGCCUUGCUGGCAGAACCAGCUAUGAGGAGGUUUUAAUUUUUUUCCUUUUUUUUUUUUUUUUUUUUUAAGCUAUUGUACUCUCAAAGUCGGUACUCAUGGGCCCAUGCCGAGGGCUGUUUCUUUUUGCUCUGUUCCUAUGGAGAGAGCAAUGCUGUAGCUAAACUGGAAAUGCUCACAGAUCCCUUCAGCUUCCAGCAAGCACCAGAUUCCGUCUUCCAUCUCGGUCGCGUUGUUUUGUAAGCGAUUGAAAGGAGUUGGCCAGAGCUGGUUUGAAGGGUAGCUUGAGCGCAGCACUAAAUCCCGAACAGAGCAGCUGCGUUUCCUUGCCAGCGUGCAGGAAACAUUUGUGGAGUGACAAAAACACCCGCUUCUGUCCUUUUGCGAUGCGGUGGAAGGCCAGCCUGCAUGGGAGGCAUCAGCCUUUGGUAGCUGGGCAGCUGCUGCUGAGGCUUUUAAUUAAAUCCUGGGCUGUGCAUUCACUGUGUUGUGCUGUGGGCUGCGGCGUGCUGGGAAACCCUCUGCUAUAUUCUGCAGAGGAGGCGACUUCAGGGAACUUGGGUUUGAGAAGGGCGAAUUGCUCAGAGUACUUCCCGAUCUUCGUCUCGCUCCUCUGGGUUGCUGGAAUCUUCUUUCAUCAAGGUGUGGCCGCGGCGUGUGGGCUGCUGUACCUCUACACCCGCUUCAAGUACUUCCAGGGAUACACCGUGGCUGCGCAGGGACGGUUGGGGCCGAUGUACGCCAGCGCCCGGCUGCUCUGGCUGCUGAUGGGGCUGGCGGUGGCCGGGCUCCUGGCGCACUUCCUGCUGCCCCGCUCCUCCGCAUGGACAGCAGCGCUGGCACGGCCCCUCCAGCUGCUCGGCACCUGGUGAGCAGGGCUGUGGCUCUCCCAAAACCACUGCUCGCCCUCGGUGGAGGGGAGGGAGUUGCAUGGCGUGGUCGGUGACCUCCCCAGCUCUGUGCUUACCUUUGAAGGGAGGUGGAUGCUGGCACUCCUCUGCUUGCAAAGCUUCAGAGAUAAUGUCCCUUCUAGAAAGCAAACGCUGCCCAGCCUCUGCCCCUGCUGAUGGGCUUCACAGCACCGUCUGCUCUGAAACCUCCAACGCCUUCAGCUCUGCCUCGUGGAGCACGGGUCAACCCAUAUGCUGUCAUCACUCCUUACUGCUGUAAUGAUCUAUGUUGAAGGACCACACCAUGGGUACACAAAAAAUAAAUUAUUUUUCUCCAUA